UCUGUGACCUUGCGAGUAACUACCAUAGAUUAAAAAUUAUCAUAAAAUUCUAUUUCAACAUUACAUUAAUGUAGUUUUCACGAUAAAGGUCAAUCAUACUUAUUUACAUUCUGUCACAAUAAGGUUCAAUGAUAAGAACGAAAAUCUUAAACAAUUCUCAUUUUCAAACAUUAAUUAGUUAAGAGUUAAACAAUAUACUUACAGGUUAUAUCACUGUAAUGCUUUUAACAAAAAUUUUAAUUAACGGAGAAGGAAUAGUUAAUAUUUUUUCCAAACAGUAUUAUGGCAUUCGACGGAAAAGUACACUGAGAAAAAUAGACAAGUUACUAAUAGCCAAUCGAGGAGAGAUUGCUUGUCGAAUUGUGAGGACGGCUAAACGAUUAGGUGUCAGGACUGUUGCUGUAUACAGUGAUGCCGAUGAGAAAUCUUUGCAUGUGUCUUUGGCUGACGAAGCUUAUAGAAUUGGCCCAGCUACAGCCUCUCAAAGUUACUUAAGAGGAGAUAAGUUGCUAGAAGUUGCCAAAAAAUCUGGAAGUCAAGCAAUUCAUCCUGGAUAUGGGUUUCUUUCAGAAAAUGUUGAAUUCGCCGAACGUUGCCAAAAAGAAGGUAUUAUUUUCAUAGGACCACCAUCAUCUGCCAUAAAAGAUAUGGGAAUUAAAAGUACGUCCAAAGCUAUUAUGUCUGCAGCUGGUGUUCCUAUAGUCGAAGGAUAUCAUGGUGAGGAUCAAAGUAUAGAGACUCUAAAGAAGGAAGCUAAAAGAAUUGGCUUUCCUGUCAUGAUUAAAGCUGUUAGAGGUGGAGGAGGAAAAGGAAUGAGAAUAGCCCUCACAGAAGAAGAUUUUGAAGAAGCGUUGGAGUCUGCCAAAACUGAAUCUCAAAAAGCAUUUGCUGAUUCUGUAGUAUUAUUAGAAAAGUUUGUUACUGAGCCGAGACACGUUGAAGUUCAAGUUUUUGCGGACACUCAUGGAAAUGCUGUACAUUUAUUUGAAAGGGAUUGUUCUGUACAGAGAAGGCAUCAAAAAAUUAUAGAAGAAGCCCCAGCGCCUGGUCUUUCUCCAAAAUUACGGAACGAACUUGGAAUGGCUGCUGUUAGGGCAGCCAAAGCUGUUGGUUACGUGGGAGCUGGUACAGUUGAAUUUAUCUUGGACAAGAAAUCUCACGCUUUCCAUUUUAUGGAAAUGAACACUAGACUGCAAGUUGAACAUCCUAUUACCGAAAUGAUUACAGAUACUGAUCUUGUGGAAUGGCAAAUUAAAGUGGCGUCAGGCGAAAAACUACCAUUAUCGCAAGAGGAGAUUACUUUAAAGGGACAUGCCUUUGAAGCCAGAAUUUAUGCAGAAGAUCCUAGGGGUGGUUUUCUACCUGGUGCUGGUCAUCUGUCUUACGUUUCUACGCCCGAAGCAGCAGAUGAUACUCGAAUAGAGACUGGAGUUAGGCAGGGAGACGAAGUUUCAAUUCAUUAUGAUCCAAUGAUUGCAAAACUUGUAGUUUGGGGAAAGGAGAGAGAAGAAGGUCUUUCAAAGCUUAAAGCAAAACUAAGAGAGUAUAAUAUUGCAGGAUUAGAAACAAAUGUAAAUUUCCUAUUGGACCUUGCAGACCAUCCCGAAUUUAGUGCUGGAAACGUUCAUACGAACUUUAUUAGAGAUCAUUAUGAUACAUUAUUUAGGAAAGAAAACCCAUCUUUAGCCCAAUUAUGCCAGGCAGCUAUAGCAACAAUAUUACUAGAUAGAGAUUUAGAAAAUGGACAAGCAAAUGCACGGAAAGAUCAGUACAAUCCUUUUACAGUAGAAUCAAGUUUUAGGGUUAAUUAUGAUCACGAUAGAAAAAUUAAAUUAAAAUUUAAAGAUACUGAUAUAAUUAUGACUGGUAGGUUUAAUGGAGACAAUAGAUUCAGCUUUUCCUGUGAUGGUGGUAAAACGUACACAGAUGCUCAUGCAACUAUUACCAAGUUCAACAACAAAAAUAUAUUAACCGCCACUAUCAAUGAUAUAAUUUAUAAAACUAAUGUUUAUAGAAACGAAGAAGUACUUGCUUUGUUUGGUCAGGAAGGAAAACUGCAAUUUUCAUUACCUCGACCCACGUACGUUACCCAACAAGAAGAAGAAUCUUCGACUGGUUUAGCUAAUAAGGCUGUAUCUCCUAUGCCAGGUGUUCUCGAUAAGCUUUUAGUAAAAUGUGGCGAUACUGUGAAAAAAGGUGAUUCCUUGUUUAUUCUAAUAGCUAUGAAGAUGGAAUACGUUGUAAAAGCAUCAAGGGAUGCUACAAUUAGCAAAGUUAACUUUGCAGUUGGAGAUAAUGUUCCUAAGGAUUCUACUAUAAUUCAAUUUGAUAUUCCUGAAUAAUAAAUAUAUUUUAAA